CUGUAGUCUGCUCUGCACAGGCUUCGGUGCUCUGCGCGCAACAGCAACGCCGCGCCGCGGCCCCAACCAGGAAGUGAAUUUGAAGAAAAUAAGCGACUGUGGAGAUAGAAUGACAUAGAGGGGGAGAGGUGGGAGAGAAGCAAGCGGAGAAAGAAGUGACUAACGGAGGGAGGGAUCGACCCUGUUUCUGGACCUGUAUUAAGCUGCCCCCCUCCUGGAUAUACUGCACCGCCAAAAAUGCUCAUAAAGGAAUUUCGAGUGAUUCUUCCUAUCUCUGUGGAAGAGUACCAGGUCGGCCAGCUGUACUCUGUGGCUGAGGCCAGUAAGAAUGAGACGGGUGGAGGAGAAGGAGUGGAGGUGCUAAAAAAUGAGCCCUACGAGAAAGAAGGAGAGAAGGGACAGUACACACACAAAAUCUACCAUUUGCAGAGUAAAGUGCCGUCAUUCGUCAGAAUGUUGGCUCCAGCUUCAGCUCUCAACAUCCAUGAGAAAGCCUGGAACGCAUACCCAUACUGUCGCACAGUUAUCACUAAUGAGUAUAUGAAAGAUAACUUCCUGAUCAAGAUUGAGACAUGGCACAAACCUGACACGGGACACCUCGAAAAUGUACAUGGUUUGGAUGCAGAAACCUGGAAGAAGGUGGAUGUAGUCUAUAUUGAUAUCGCGGACAGAAGCCAAGUGGAGCCAAAGGACUACAAGCCAGAGGAGGACCCUUGCAGGUACAAGUCAGUGAAGACAGGACGAGGCCCUCUAGGACCAGACUGGAAGAAAGAACUUCCUAAGAAGACAGACUGCCCACACAUGUGUGCCUACAAACUGGUCACUGUCAAAUUCAAGUGGUGGGGCCUGCAAAAUAAAGUGGAGAACUUUAUUCAAAAGCAAGAGAAGCGUUUGUUCACUAAUUUCCACCGUCAGCUGUUCUGCUGGAUUGACAAGUGGAUCGACUUGAACAUGGAAGACAUUCGUCGCAUGGAGGAGGAGACUCGCAAGCAGCUGGAUGAGAUGAGAGUGAAGGACCCAGUGAAAGGGAUGGUGGCUCUAGAGGACUGAGGUUGUGAUGAACCGUGAAUACUGCUGCUCAUCAGACCAGACUACCCAGACACCAGCGGAUUCACAUUCUUAUUCUAUUCCAACUGACACAACAUCUGACCGGCCGGUCCAAUUUACCCCCCCCCACCCCCCCCCCCUUCCCCGAUACAAUCUGGCUUUCAGGGACCUGGACCCAGUAAUCUCCCAGUUUUCAGAUGAUCUCCUACACCUAAUCCCACCUCCCUUGAGUCCCAUCCAUCUCUUAUUUGUUUUUCCAUCCAGUGUCUUAUUACCUGCUCUGAGGCCUCCAGGCCUCCACACUAGAUCUUGUCAGUCAGUCCUCUCUUUCGCUCUCUCAGCCUCUAAACCAUUCUAAACUACAGAGAAUAGUGUUAUCUCUGCAGUUUAGGAUUUAUUUCUAUUUAAGAUAUCCCAAUGGUGUAUAUAUACAGUAUACCAUAUAUCGGGGAGCUGAAUAAUUGUAUUGAAAUAUAUAUAUAUAUAUAUAUAUAUAUAUAAAUAUAAAUAUAUAUGAACAGGGUUUUUAAAAGGAUUUUGUCUGUAAGUAUGUCUGUGGAUGUUUAUUUUUUCAAGUCCAAACUGUAGCCUAUCUGCUCAGUUUUGAUCCUGUCUUUUUUUGAUUUGUCAUAAUACCUCCUUCCCUCCAUUUAUGUCAUGCUUUAUGCAGUGUUUCUUUUUGCUAUUCAAACCAAUUUGCGAGUCUACAAACCGCAGCUGCAAGGUGGGGAUUGUGCUGAGAGUGUUAUGUUGUCUCUGCUAUACUCCCGACCGACUAGAUAGGAUUUCUUUCCAGUAUCUCCCUUAAUGUCAUGAGGCAUUCAUUGGCUUUUCUGCUGCUUUGUAUGUCUGUGUGUAUAUCUGUGUGCGUGCAUGCGUGCGUGUGUGUGUGUGUGUGUGUGUGUGUGUGUGUGUGUGUGUGUGUGUGUGUGUGUGUUUCUGUAGCAUUGUAAGGUCAUCAAGGUUUCUGCAAAGGGAAAUGCACAGUAGAUCAGCCAUAAAUGAGUCUUUAUUUUUUACAGACUUUACAGAUGACUGUGAUUUUAACAUUAGCAGCCAUCAUGAAUACACAGCUCCUCCUGCCCCCUGUAGAUAAAUAAAUGGUUCUUUGAAAGUAAAACGUUAUGUGAUCUGCAUCAGUUCUUGCCCUGUCACCCAUUCUGUCACCUCCAGUGGAUAAAUGGUCUUAUCCAGCGAUAGCAAUAACUACCAUGACACGUUGGUCUCUCCUUUUUAUCAUCGCAAAUCUAAUCUCACUCUAGUGUUUGUUCCUACCCUAAAAACCCAGAGAGCCCACGCUGAGAGCCAGGGAUGGUUAAGAUGUUAUUUUGUCUUUGGAUAAGGCAGAUUUCUCUCCUGCUGGAGACUGAAGCCUGUUAUUUGUAAUAGUUUUUAGGUUUUUCGGUAUAUGCAUGAGUGUACAUGAGUGAUGUAAAGUGGGUGUCUUUGAAGUGAUCUGAUGCUGGCUGGGUAAAGACGAACGGAAGUAAUGGUGCUAGAGUAGUGAUAACAGCAGGCACUAACCUUCCUCUUGUUGACAUCUGUUUGGCCGUCUUUGUCCUCAGUUACGUUUUUAUUAUCCUCUUUUCCAUCCUCUGUUUACCUUCCCUACACAUCUUAUAACGGAGUGGAAACUUUAAAGAGCAAGAAACAGAUCAUGUCAAAACUAUUAUACUGAUUUAGGUCUGCCAUCAGAACAUGUAGAUAAACUGAAGGGGUUUGAUUAAUUUCAGGUCCAUACGUAGUUUUUUGUGUGUGUUAAAAGCAAGCAUUUUGCACUGUUGAGUUCAUAUUAAUUAAUGUUAAAUUGGAUAAUUUUCAAAUCUCCAAUAAAUGGAAUAUAACUUAUUUAUGUACACAAAAUCUAUAUCAUUACAAUAGCAUAAUCAUACACACCUGUGUGGAAUCUGAUUAAAUGCUUACCGUAAUGAAUGAUGAUAAGUGACUCAUUGGCAAUUAUGAAACAAAAACUGUAUCAAGUCCAGCUUUUAAUAAAAGCUCUGUAAUGGCCUGAUAUUUUAUUGUAUUUAUUUAUUUUAACGUUGUAUUGGUCUGACUAGAAUAAGAAAUAAUAAUCAGUAAUAUAAUCAUCUAACGUAUGACAUGACAAAGCAGAGCAAAUUGUUACAGUUAAAUAAAUUGCUAUUUUCUUCAUAAAAUUGUUAUAGUGCAUAAUAACCUCUGAGGUGCUCAUAGAAUUGGGGGGUUUCUUUAGAUAGCAGCACUGACAGCAGUCUUCCAGGGCCUCUUGAAUUAUGUCACAUAUCACCAUUUGUCAUCAACUUUUCCAGCUGAUUGUCAGCAGGAUAUAUAUAUAUAUAUGUUCACCUGUAUUAAUUAGAAGGUCCAUUUUACUGUAGCUCAUCAAUUCAAUUUCUUCAGCCCUUAGCAUUACAAAUCUAGUUUGUUGCACCUUCAUGAUAUUACAGAAAUGGAGAUUUCUAAUGCCUCGUUUUACAGGAUAAUAUUGGAGUAGUGUUAUUGUGCAAUAUUUAGCCUAUACAUUUAUGUGACCUGUCUUAAGCCCAAGCACAAUAGCCAUACAAAUCCAUAUUUCUUGUAUUUUCCAUAAGGAUACUAAAAGCGUAAGAAGGCCAUUCAAAUAAAAACUGCUCACAUCAUUAUUGGCAACAAUUCAAGCUUAAUACUUUAGACUUGCUUCAUCUUGUUGUUGUUUUCAUGUCCCUGUAUAUGUAUGUCAGACAUUUUCUGUUGCCUCCCCUUUAAAGAAAACACUGGCCCUGGGUGUCCAACCCUUUCACCUCUCUCUGUGUCCAUUGAGCAUCUCACUCACUGUCUGUGAUGGGGCUACCAACUGAAUCAUGGAGAUUUGUGGAUGUACUGUAUGUAUUGACUUUGUAAAUAGUAAAUAAAUUAAUGUAGAUGAACACAUAUAUAUAGAUCAGACUGUCCUGCCAGACCUAUAGCACACCCUCUUGACACUUGAUCCUAUUAUUCCAAUUACCAAGUUGCUCUCACAGAGGUAUUAUUGUGAGGAAAUAUAGUUAUAGUUGAUAAGACAUUUUGGGGGCAAACUGUCAGCUGUAGCCAAAAAACGCAUUCUAACAUAUUGUUAUACAUGAUUAUGCUGCAGAUUUAAGGAUGCUCCAGCAAAGCACUGCUCUGUGGCUUGUUGAAGGAAAAAAAUAAAUAAAAAUCAAAAACCCUGUUCACUAUUUCCUCUCCUUCUGACAUUGUUCUUACCUCACAGGGACCAUGUCUCAUUGGCAGGACAGUGUAUAGAUAUAUAUUUUUGUUCUGAGUGUUGUUGUACCUCUGUUGUCAGUCUCUGAACUACACUUGCUUCUCUCUCUGAAAAGGAACAUAUAAGGGCAGCUUGGGUCAGUUCAUUGAUCCACAUUAUUAGCUGAUAGUGUCAGCAUUACAGUAAGUGGAGCCUCGGUGCAAGGUAGAUUUUCUCCUCCUAUAGUUUGUCAUGGGAAUUGAGGGGAAAUUAUUCUGCAUUUAGAAGCACUGGGUGCUGGAGGGUUGGAGUUAUAGCUAUACAGAAAAAAAGACAAUUAGAUGUACUGGUUUGAAAACAGAUACUGACACUAGGUCCCUUUUACAAGCCUAAAGACACCAUACAAACUUGUGAGAGAACAUGGUUUAACAGAGACAAUCUCAUAGAUAUCUGUUGUUCGGUUCCUCAAUUUAUAAUCAGAAUAUGAAACCAAAUGAUUCCACAAUCCCAAACUGUUUUUAAAUCUCUCUUUCUCUCUCUUACUCUCUCUCACUCCUGUUAACUUGUCUCCUGUUUUUCUUUCUUUUAUUGUGAAUUUGUGCCUUUUUGUCAUCUUAUCUUCCAAUAACACUGCUGUACAUUGGAGACGUAAAGAAAUUAAUAAAAAGAAGCAAAGCAACUGUA